AUGGCUAAGAAGCGCCAGUCAAGCACCGACCAGGCCGCCCAGGUCAAGAAGAUCAAAGCUGCCGCGAAAGCAGCUGCGACCAUUCCAACCAUGAAUGGCAGUGCAAGCGUCAAUGCCAAGUUGCAAACUCACUUGAUGCAGUGUGAUGCCAAGAUUCUGGACUACUACGGCGGCUCUCUCAUCAAGGGAUCGCCGAAUGGAGCCUCAGGCGUUCCAGCUUAUUCUGAGCAGGCAGCUGCAGAGGCUUUGGCAGCUGGCAGGCCUUACGCUGCCAGCUGCCCCCUGAUGUGGCUCAAUCUGGGAUAUGAGGUUCAAGCUUCUGUUCCCCGGUACCAUUCCAGGGUGAACAAUUUGGAGGAACACUUCUUUGCCACUCCAGCUUUUCUCAAGGACGACCCCGUGAUUAUUUUCAUGGAGCCGGGCCAGCUUCCCCAUACCAUGACAGGUGCUUUGCUUGCCAGCGACCCGCCCGAGAUGCGGGAUGCAUUGCGUCAGGCGGUGGCCCGAGCAAUUGGUGAGAAGAAGCCGGCCAAGGUUCUGAAGGAGUGGAAGGAAGUCUUGAUGUCAGUGGUGAUGCGCUUUGAGGUGGCAGACCAGUCAUCCAGCAAGCUUGCGGAGAUGUUCACCUGCAAUGUCCAGAGGCGGGAGGACAUCGGCCUCAAAUGGGAGAACAUGAAGGUGAGCUCGCUGAUGCGAACUUACGAGAUCAUGGACUUGAAGAGGCAGCUUGAGUCUUUCAAAGGCAAGGAGAAGAUUCAGCUGAACAAGCAUACCUUGGCGGAGUACUACAAGAAGAUCAAGUUCUGCAAAUCCUCGGAACCCGUCAAAGUCGGUUUCGUAGAAGUGGCGCAGAUGUUGCACUCCAGUGCCUUGCACAUACCGCUUGUGCAGCAGGUCCUGUUCCAAUUUGAUGAGCUGCCGGCCAACCCCUUAGACGGGGUGUACAAAGUCAGGGAAGUGGUGAUCCAGUGCGAGAAAAAAGAGUCGAACAUGUGCUGGGUCUUCCCAAUGCUGUUUGACCAUUGGCAGCACACCGACGGGCGCGACCAAAUCCCGAUACGUGUUCUGCAGGAAGAUGGCCCUUUGGGAGCAUCCCUCAUCCGCGUCUUUUUGAUGAAGCGGAACCUCAGGGACUAUUUGUACCGGUGCAUGGAGACUCAGUAUACGUGGGACACCUGUGUCAAAACAGAGAUUCGCAAAAUCACCGACUCACUGCUGGUGUUUAGACAACACAUGGGUUUCUAUGACAUUCCUGAACUCCAGAUCGCGUACCAGCAGCGCGGUCAGUGGCCCAGCUCAGCCGACCAGUUCUUGACCAUCUUUGAGGCCGUCGUGUAUGGCUACAAGCUGGAUUCCGUGCUGUUGACUUGCCUGAAGAACCACAAAGGGGUGGACGACAUUUUCAACCACAAGGAGACCAGGCAUUUCAUGGAGAAGGUCAAAAAUGCUUAUGCCAAAGAGACUGGCGCCGACGAGGCAGAGGAUGAUGUCACCACCGCAGAGGCUGCAGAGAAGGCUCUUGAGUUAGAGAUCAGCAAUGUGAACCUGUCAUCGCCAGAGCUUCUGCUCAAAUCCAACCCGAAGCACGAGUCAGCCCCACUCAUCGAAGCUGGCGUGCGCGGUGCAGAGCGGAAGGUCCAAGGCCAGGUGUCCUUUGUCGUUGACACAACGGAUGGCCUCACUGACCUCCUUGCAGACCAGUUGGCUUCAAAGAUCCGUGGUGAUGCUGAAUCCAAAAGCUACGUCGCCAUAGUGAUGGAUGGCAAAACCCUUUGCGAAUGCGGCUCGCAAGCGAAGUACCGCAUUCCACCCACCAGACAGCCCCAAAUGAGCCGCCUGUUGACAGGAUUUUUGGGGACUCGAGAUGAUGGCCUGACUGAAGGCGAUGUCCUUGUCUGCAUUGAUGGAGGCAAAGGAUCGGAUUGGAUGGAGAAAAUCAACAAGAUACUGAAGCAGAAGAGCUUGGUGACCACAAAGCAUGUUGUCAUUUACACGCACGAAUCGGUUCAAGCACGAAUGGAAAGAGCCUCGAAGGCACCACUUGACCUGACCGAGCAUGUGCACUUUGUGACAACGGAUGCGUUGCAACUGAAGGUGCAAAAGCGUUUGGUCACUGAAGGUGACACCCGUGGCAAUGUGAUCGGCCCUUUGGGGAAACCUCAGUGGACCGACACCGUGAAGACCUGGAACCUCACCAUGCAGCAGAAGCGAGACAUGUUCGGAGCUGACAACUUACCACUUCCAGGUGGGAGAUGCCCGGUGGAACAUGAGAAGGAAGGAAAGACCCGAGCUCAGGAGUUAGUGCCGGCCUUCUACCAUGAGGCACCAGAAGCAUUGGCUUCCGAGAUUGCCCACUGUUUGUCUUGCAAGGCCAUCAUUGACCUGAGUCCUGGGUCGGGUCACUUUGCCAUGUAUGCUGUGCGUCAUAGGGUGCCUUACUUGGGCAUUGCAAUGACGUCGCUUCACAAGGAUUUGCUCCAGCAGAAAUUGAUCUCAAAGACCACUGCGGCAAUGAUGGACAACAACGACUCAUUGUACGAUGCCAACUUUGCUGCGGCAGUUCUGCGUGCGACUGAUGAUGAAGGUGGCAAUGGCGCUGGACCCGCUGGAGAUGGUGAGCCCACGGUGGAGAUUGAGAACGCUAGGCCGACUACCGGCAGCGGUGGCAACAGUGCUGGCAGUGGCAGUGGCGAAGAUGCCGCCUCGUCCCGUGACGCCCUUCUUGCUUCCAUCAGAGCAAUGACAGCCGAAGGCUGAAUGGCUAUUUUGUAGGCAACCAUUUAAAGUCCACAGUCAGCUCUUGGGGGUUGGAUGCAGGACUGCGAGCUUUGAUUCGGUUGCAGUCAUUUAAAAUGAUUAGAACUUGAAUUGCGUUGACAAAACGUCAGGACAGCAAUGUGCCAGGCCAUGUCAAGAUGUUGCAGUAAGAAACUGCACUAGCAUCGCCAUGUGGGUCGGCAAUCACUCAAGCCGCCACUACAAACUGGGCCGGGCCAAGCCGUGAAAA